CUCGCUAGCGCCCGACUGCAUUCUAUAGCGCGCGCGCUAGUCUCACUUGUAAACGCGCGCACUCGUGGGCACGGGCCCAUCACGAUCGUUUGUUGUGCUUCUUGAAGCCUCUUGGUCCGUGCACCAGACCUCGUGGCCGGUGUUGUGUGUGCGUGUUAUGAGGCGCUUCCGUAGAGUUCGUCACGUGCUUCGCGUACACGUUGGUGCCUGGUGUUGCUGAGUAGUGUGUGCCGCUCCCAUCGUGGCUCCCGCUGAAGGGAAGGAAUACUGGCCCCAGGAUUAACGGCGCGGCUUCCCCAUGUUCGCCGGCUGGCUCUCGCCCGUGGAGAUCAAACAGAUUCUGAUCGUGGUGCUGGUGCUGAACCUGCUCUUCUGGAUGGUGGUAAUCCUGUGGCGUGUGUACAUCCUCAAGCGGGCGCGGGACCAGAUACGACGCCAGCGGCGCCAGGCGGCCGAGGCCUUCUCCAACCCGUCACUGGUCACGAGCCUGGCAGCGGGACGCAACAUUCGGCCUCUUGCAGAGGUCGGGAUUUCCAGCCUAACACUUGCUACCCAGUCGUCCACGUGCGAAGGAACAGGUGGUCUUCCGGGGUCGACCUCUAGAGGCGAGCGGCCGUUUGUGUUUGCGACACCUCGCAAUGAGCUGCCGCCUCCCUACGAUGAGGCAAUCAAGUACCCAUCCCUGGACUGGACCAACUCCGGCUGCGAGCUACCAACCUUGCGCACAACUGUGCCAGACAGCGGAGGAGGCGGAACCGAACCCGCCCAACUUGCACCCCAGCAACAACAGCAGUCUUCCGAUCCCAGCAGACCUCCUGUUCCACCAAGACCCAGCCGACCGCCAUCUGCAAGGGCUCGUGCCCAAGCGGACUCGUCAGCCAUGAGUGACGCAGCCACUUUGCCCACCUACGAAGAGCUACAGAGACGGGGCACUGUGCCCAACCCGGAAAUAGUGCUCUCCGUUGGAAGCCACGUUCGCAAUCAGAGUGCUUGAAUGUGGCGCUAUGGUGAUUACUGCAGCCUACAGUGACUGUGCGCAUUGCUUAAGAAAGCCGAGUGCACGGCGAGGGAUGUCGUUCUGGAGGCGUCCUGCUGAUCUCAAGUGUUUAGGGUGUUCCCAUUCAGUACACAUAAUGGUUCAUUCAGAGCUUAGCGCAGGUCGGCUUUGAUAAACAGGGUCCCAGGCUGGGAGCAAGUUGAGAACAUGUGUUCCACUUGGCGGGCGUGGUUCUAGUCACGAAUUCAGUUGGCAAUGCCACGUAUGCAGAGUCUGAACAAACGCGUCGAUCACCUGGUGCUAAAUGCGGUGGCUGUUUCUUGAAUGUCAACAACAGGAAGCAACAAUGUUGCAUAACAAGAGCAGGAAUGACACUUAGGCUUGCGCAGCUCGACUGGACACUUCACGUUAAUUAAACAUGUAUUUGAUAUACUGUGCUCUAAACGGCUCCAGCGAACGGAAUAUGCUGCUUUGGUGAAUUUCUUGUACUACCACUUCGCGGUUCAGGCCACUAAAUAAGGCAAGCCUGGACUGUGAGAUAAGUGAAGAAGCAUCGACUGAUGACAGUACCAAAACAAUCCAAGAGUGCCUUCUCUGUUUCUUGAGCAGUCUUUGCACCUAUGCAAAAUAUCCAGCUGCAGAAUCUAAUGCACUGAAAAUGUGCAUCAUCCUCCGGUAACAAGGCGAAUUGCUUUUAUGCCAACUAAUGCAAGGGUUACAUGUAAUAGGUUUGACCACAAUAAGUGAAUUUAGACAAAGUUUGAGACUAUAGUAGAGCAAGGUUGUGAGUGUAUGUCCAUUGGAGACCUUCCAAGUGCCUUGUGCUGAAUGGCUUACGUCUGAAGACAGUCUACCCCUGCUCCAGUGGACUGUAAUAUGGCAGAAAUGGAGCGUCGACUAUACAUCAACUUUGGUGUGCUCUGUGUUGCGUCUUGACUGAACUGUGUGCAGUGAAGACCGACGUGCCUUUUGUCAACUCUUCUGGUGAAUAAUUGAAGCACACGAAGAAGAAAUCAACACAAACAUGCUCCAUGUUAUUCUUGUUAUCCUUGCACUCCUAGAAUUGCGAAAGAGGUACUUGUUUGUCUGAAUCUGGUCUAUCUUGAUUGGUGCUGUAAAUUUUAUGCGACUGCCCCUUUCGGGCACACAGCUAUGACUGGAUUUUCUAUAUUUCCUUUACUCGAUUUCAUUACCCCCAAGAGCAGUAGAGCAAUAUUCACACAAGAAAGUCAAAACCAAGAGCCAUAAGCGUUCAUUGUUUCUUGUUGACUGUUCUAUGCACGAUAAUCUAAUGGAGCGAUAACGUACAUAUUAGCGGGCUACAAUACAAACGCCCUGCUUCUUCAGGACACAAAAAUGCUGAGUUCUACACAAAUGGCUUAGGGAACUUGAAGUUAUUAGCUGUGCAGCACAUAAUUGAUAAGACUGUACAUGUGACGAUGUGUUCUGUGAAUGUGUCUUCGAAUAGAAGGCUAUGCUAGCAUUAUAACAACUUGCACUAUUGUGUCAAUUCAGCCCGAGUACAACAGUUCUAUAAUUUAAACAUUUUAAAUCGAAUGUAGAAAUAAUUUUUAACUAAGAAAGUUGAAGUCUACUUGGAUAACACAAACAAAAACCAAUCAUCACGCAGGACACAUUGACAAAAUGAUCAAUUGCACGUUGCAUGAGCCUAGGAAAACCUAAUAAUUUUUAAAUCUAAGUAAGGAAAAUACUGGCUCCAGACAUUGGCAGCACUGGUCGAUGCAAGUGUCUCGCGAGUUCUAGCUUCGUGCCUUGACCUCUUACGACUUUAUAUCACUGGUGUUGCACCACAUGUACGGUGGAUCAUAAUCACUGCAAACCAAGGAGUUUGGGGAUCACAGUUUUCACACUGGCAGAUGCGUCUACAGCAUAAAAAUCAGGAAAGGCGAUACUGGCAACAUCACUUGGGAAUCACGAGGCCCAUAUCUGACAGACAUGUGCUGAAAGGACAGCACAGAGAGAAUGCAUAGCACUGCAAGUUCAUAGGUGCACUUUCCUUGAGCAAUAUUUCUUCAUUCCCUCGCUGCGUCAUGAGAACUUCACUAAAUUUAUUUAAUAACACUGACACAACCUCCGAGCGCUAGAGAUUGAGUGAAGCAAGACUUCGAUAUGUACUGUGAACAGGCAACACGGACUACACAGUCAAGCAGAGUAAAGGUAAGAAGCUUGAACCUAUUGUAAACUACAAGCACUGUGUGAAGAUAAUACAAUAUUCUAUUUCAAUUCUU